AUGACAAUAUCUACUUUCGAUCACGUGUCUGCGGGGCGACUUAGACGGAUUGCGCGUCAUCUCGCCUUCCCAAAUUUUUCCCUUCUGCUGCAGCUCGUAUCCAAAACAUCUAUCUAUAGUGCGGAGUACGAGAGAGAGAGAAAGAUGUUUAACUCGGUGAAUCUGGGCAACUUCUGCUCCCAGACGCGCAAAGACCGGACAUCCGAGUUUGGGGACAGGACGGGCUGCGCGUCCAACAUCUACCUCCCCAGCUGCACUUACUACGUCCCCGAGUUUUCUGCCGUCUCCUCGUUCCUUCCACAGGCCCCGUCCCGGCAAAUCAGCUACCCUUAUUCCACAAAUCUGUCUCAAGUACCGCCGGUACGGGAAGUUUCCUACGGCUUGGACCCUGCCAGUAAAUGGCACCACAGAAGCAAUUAUGCAUCGUGCUACUCGGGAGAGGAUCUGGUGCAUAGAGACUGUCUUCCACCAUCCACCAUGACAGAAAUGCUCAUGAAGAACGAGAGUGUGUACAGCCACCACCAUCACCAUCACACCCACCCGGGCUCCAAUCACCCCUCCACAGGUUUUUACUCCGGCGUGGGGAAAAACAACGUCCUCCCGCAAGGUUUCGAUCGCUUUUUCGAGACGGCAUACUGCAGCAGCACGGACAAUCAGUCAGACAAUUGUUUACAAAAGGGCGAGGGGGGAAAGCUGGAAAGCGACUCCCAGCAGCAGCAGCAGACUACAGCCUCGGUACCCGGGGCUCCUGAGCAGGAAAAAGACCCAGAGGAUGAGGAGGAACAUACAAAUUCGGGCUCGUGUACUUCUUCCUCCGCAACAACCAAGGACGGCACCGCCAGCAAGAGCAGCCACUCGAGCACUCCUCGUACAAGGAAGAAGCGGUGUCCAUAUUCCAAGUUUCAGAUCCGAGAGCUGGAGCGGGAAUUCUUCUUUAACGUUUACAUCAACAAAGAGAAAAGGCUGCAGCUCUCCCGAAUGUUAAACCUCACCGACCGCCAGGUUAAAAUCUGGUUCCAAAAUAGAAGAAUGAAAGAGAAGAAGCUGAGCAGAGAUCGCCUGCAGUACUUUUCUGGAAACCCCCUGUUGUGAGCAUGGAGCAGAAAAAGUGUCACAGUGUUGGUCAGUGACAUUAAGGCCUUCUCAUGUCUCAUUGAAUUGUAAUCGUGGGCAUAACCAUUUUUUUAAAGGAGCCCACAUCACCAACAGUGCAAUGUUAAAGCGGACAGUGGGAGUCAUAGGCCUGCAUGGGAUAAAGUCGCCAUUUUCUUAUUGCCCCUCGGGCGGCGGUGAAUUUCUAUUGCUGGUCCCCAGAAAUAAAGGCCUCCAUAGAAUAAUCAUUUAUACUUAAUGCUGUUCUUGAAUAUUUCUUGAAUAUCUCUAUUUAUCACCAUUCUCCAUCGUGUUUAUUCUAUUGUUCAUAUAAGCAUAUUUGUUGUUAAAAUAUCAAAUGUAUCUGAAAAUUUGAAUCCGUAUUGCGCAGACAACUUUGAGCUCUUCCCUUCCCUCUGGUCUUUGUAUAUAGUAUAUCAUUAUCUUAUUGUUUCUCGACCAGAGUUUAAACAAGUUAUAGCAAAUCUCCAGGCUGCAUUUUUCUUUUCGCCAUCGAGAACUGUGACGUCCAAUCUGUGAAAGUAUAUCCCCCCCCCUGUACAGAGUAGCCUAUGCAAUGUGCAUUCGUGACUGUAAAUAGGCGUUUGUUGAAUUUCCUUUCCCUCUUUCUCCCUGCUGCUAUUUUUCAGUACACCAUUCAACGUUUAACAGCUUUAAUGCCAACACUCGUUAAAUUAUUUGCUCAAACAUUGGUGCUUUGGGUUCCAGAGAGGAGGAACAGAUUGUUGGCCUGUGUAUCAUUAAUAUAAUACAUAUUAAAUAAACAGAACCAUAUAGGCAAAACAUAACGACUUUGUGCUUUUUGUGCUACCGUGAUCUCAAUGAUCAUUACUGAUAAUGUUGUGUCGCAAUUUUUUUAUUUUCUCGUGCGCCUUUUUAUUUUUUUCAAAUUCUGUUUCUAAAUGUUUUUUAAAUUAUUUUUUUUUAGCUCAAACUGAUGAUACAGAUUGCUAAAAAAACAUGAGCACAUUUCCAACUUGUGUUAAGAGUCACUUCGUGUGGAUACACACAUUUUCUGCGGUCGAGUUGGAUGACCAGAGUCUGCGGGCCUACACUUGUCGAAUUGUUGCCUAUCCUUCAGUUACACCACAGCAAAAGAUCAUGUUUAAAUGUAAGCAAGCGUGCUAAACCAAGAUAGAGGCCACAUCUUAGAAAUGUAGAGAAAGAGUGUGCAAUGAUAACCUCUUUUAGUGCCCACUAAAUGGAAUCGCCACUCUUAGUAGUCUAGACACUGCCAUAAAGACAGAGGCACUAAAUGGCUAUUUUUUUCUCUUAAUUGCACCGUCUGUUCGGGGGGAAUGCCGUUCACUUCCGCAGUAAAUAGUAAACAAGCAAAACUGGAUGUCCGAAGGGUUGGGGGUGUGGGGGGCAAGAGGUUUCGACAUGAACUCGGACUGGGCAGUGUGCAAAGUCAACCCCAACCCCCUCUGCACACAAGCGUCAUGUCCACUCUGCUAUAGGGUGCAAUUGGGAAAACAACCAGAGACCUCCCAUAGUGGAGAUUUAUCGUCAUUUCUGUUGUAUUUUAAUAUAUUAUUUUCCGCCUGAUUUGGCCUUUAAAAUACCCUGUAAUUCUCAAUGUGUUGCAAAUCAAAUAAGACUAUUUGUCUUUGCACGAACAACCACC